CGCCGUGACGUCACGGCUAUUGGGAACUAUAUUAUGAAACGGUCACAUGACAGCCGGUCACAUGACGAGGUGACCAUGUCAGGACCGAAUGGCGACCCGCAGGUUCAUCUGGGCGAAUCCUCGGGGGAGGAGGAUUACGCCGCCUUGGACUUCAUGUUGGACCAGAUCAAUUUCUGCCUGGAUCACUUAGAGGAGAAGAAUGAUCUUCUGCACGCUCAGCUUCAGGAUCUCCUGGAAUCCAACCGGCAGGCACGACGCGACUUCCAGGAGCAGCAGAACCAGAACGGGAGAAGUAACGCAACGCAGCAGGGAGAUGGGCUGUAACCUCCAUACUGUAGAUCCACAACCCCCAUCCAGUCUUCCUUGUAUCCAUAUAGACUGAAGAACACAGAGACAACAAGAGCUGGAAUGUAAACAAUGUUAGUAAAGAUAGAGCUGUGUUCCCAAACCUGUAGCAUAACUACAACUCUCAGCAUGCCCAAGUUGGGGACCGCAGCUCAGAAUUCUGUAGGCUGGGUAGGGUAGGAGUCUUCUACGACGCGCAACCUCCUAAUAACCAUCACUUUCCACCACAGACCUGGUGUUUCUGGAGCUUGAUUUUGUAAUUUAUAGUAUUAAAUGUUUUUAUGUGUGAA